GUCUACUGUCGUGCACACGAUGUCACAGAAGACUGCUAAGCAGAGAGUUGCCGUGAUCGGAGCAGGUCCGGCGGGGCUAUGUUGUCUCAAGCACCUGUGUGAUAAUCGUAACGUCUUUGAACCGGUUGCGUUUGAACGUAAUUUUUGGCCUGGAGGUAUUUGGAACUACAGUGAUCAAAAUAAGAAGGACGAUUUUGGACUUCCCAUCCACUCUGCUCUUUACAAUAGUCUAAAGAUAAAUGUCCCUAAAGAACUACAAGAGUUUCCGGACUUUCCAUAUCCCAAAGAAUGGACGACGUCCUACAUCACACGACAACAAUGUCUUGAAUACCUCAACAUGUUUGAAGACCAUUUUAAGCUGAGACCAUACAUAAGGACACAUACUUUUGUUCGAGAUGUCAAGCCACUUAAAAAGAACCAGGAAAACGGUCUUGUUAAAUGGCUGGUAACAUUUUCUCCCGUGAACAAACUAUCAGAGAUCAAAACGGAAGUGUUCGAUUCAGUUCUCGUAUGUAACGGACAUGACACCAACGAGUACGCUCCAAAUAUUCCAGGAAUGGAACUAUUUGAGGGACGAAUUAUUCACAGUAAAGAGUUUCGAUACGAGGAACACUUUGACAAUCUCAGGGUUGCUAUCCUGGGCUGCCAUUACUCGGGGGAAGACAUUUCUAUGCAUGUUUCAAAGUUUGCUAAAAAGGUCUUUGCAUGCCACAGACGAAAUCCAAAGGAAUUCCCGCCGUCUUUUCCAAAAGAUAUAGAACAAAGGUCCCCCUUUGUCAGAAUGACAAAGGAUUCAGUUGUGUUUCCAGAUGGUUCUUCUGAAAAGGUGGAUGCAAUCAUAUUUUGUACCGGAUAUCGAUUCUCAUUCCCUUUCUUGAAAGAGGACGUCAUAACAAUUAAAGAAGAACGUAUCCAACCCAUAUACAAACAUAUGGUUCACAUUGAGUACCAAAACCUAAUUUUUGUUGGAAUUCCUCGUCAGUGGUCCUACUUCCCUCACUAUUAUGAAAUGGCGAAACUUGCAGCAUUGAUACUUGCGGGAAAAGCCAAACUACCUACAAAAGAAGAGAUGAGGGCUGAUAGUGAAGCCGAUUUCCAGUCUCGUCUGAAAGAGGGAAAACCGCCAUCCUUUGCCCAUUACAUGGGGGAUAUUGAUAGACAAUUUCGGUACAACGAGGAACUUGCAAAGUGGGGAGGAUUUGAUCCACUCCCGCCAGUGCUGGAGAUGAUGUGGGAUGACGUAAUGGAUGAAAGAUACAUGAAUCUUCCACAUUGCAACGAAUUCGACUAUCGCAUUACUGGGCCGAAAUCGUAUAUAUGCUUGAACCCAGAAAAGGUUAAAACGAGAUAUUCUAAGGCAGAGAAUGUUGGAAAAGCGAAGUAGUGUAGCAUAUCUUAAAGCAUGUGCAUUUACCAACACCUUUAGAAAGGGAUUUUUAUAUGUAUAUUUGCGCCAUGACCAGAACAUUUCUCCUCAUUGAAUGAUUUAUAUUAUUUUUACUGAAUAAUGAAUAGCAUUCAAUGACUGUCAAUGAAAAAACUAAUUUACGAAAACAUGUGCUAUUACAUUUUGAUUCAUAAUCAUUAUUUUGUAAACUGGUUCUCCAUAUAUACAGAAAUCGAAAGAUUGUUACCUAGAUUUUUGUUUGAAUUCCAGCUAAGUUAUAUUUUUGUAUAGAGAAGGAUAUAAUUGUUUCCGUCAAUAGGAAAAUGAUUAUGAUAGAAUUGCUAGCUUAGUUUGACUAUAAACAUUUAAUUUUUGUAAGCCUCUUAUCAUGUAGAGUUUUAGAAAGUAGGACUAAUGAGCUUUUUGAGCAUUGUAUCAUACCAUGUUAAUCAGGCAUUAAAGAAUUGAUCAUACAAUAUAUAAAAACGCAUUUUUACUGUUCUAGGAAUAUUUUAGUUCCAACUUCAUUGAAUAUUUUAUUGUAUAUUUGGAUGAAUUAAUUAAAUAUAUUUUAGUAUAAAAA